CAGGCGCUGGAAAAAUUAGAUCUGGUGGUGAUGGUGGUGGUGGUGGCUGCGCGUGGUGUUCCUCAUCACAAUAUUGCGCUCAUCCACUCAGCAUUAGAACCAGAACUUGCCCGAGUGAUGCAAUCAUUCAUCACCACUCCAGUUUGGAGCCCCGACGCGGCUCCGCCAAAUGCCCCAGAGUUCUUGCGGGGCGGGACCGCGUGAUGGCCGUGGACGGGGGCGACCCUGGCAGCCUCUCCUUCACAGUCUCCAACAUCCCUGAAAGCCUGACCGAAAAGCCCUGGUCGUGUGAGUUCGACGUCAAGAAAAUAUCGGCAUCGACGGAGGCGCUGACGAAGCUUAUGGCGGCCCAGGCGCACCAACUGCUGAAGAACUUCAACAUUUUGCCGUACGCGCACUCAGCGCCAUCUGGUGACGUGGCUUGGCAAUACUCCACUUUGUCGUCUGCUGUUGUGACUUUGCCAGGAUAUUUCCAGGGCUCCGUGGUGACGCUGGCUGAUGGUGCGCGCGUGGGGGUGGGUAGCGUGACGUGUAGAGGUGCGAUCGGGUCUACUUUCUCUACCUCAUCAUCUACCCUCCAAAACUCACCAUCAUCUACCCUCCAAACCUCACCGUCAUCUAUCCUCCCAACAUCACCAUCAACCAACCCUAAUAUUGUCUCGACUCACGAUAUACUGAGGAGUAAUCUACAGUCAACUCUACCCGGCUUAGAGUCUACCCAGUCUACUUCGUCUACCUCAUCACCAGCCUCGCAUCUACCCAGCGUCUUGUUGGCCCGGCCUAAAGUCCGCGCUGCUGAUGGAUACACGCUGGAUAAUUCAGGCGACAUUGCCGUGUUGGUGUACCACUGCACCAGCUUGGCUGUGAACUGCAGUGACUGCACCAGCUUACUGGGUGCACCACCUGGUGCACAAGACAGCGGUGAACCAGCUGCACCGUGGUGUGGUUGGUGCACCAGCACCAAUACGUGCACCAGCAGAAGUCACUGCACUGUCGGGGACUGGCUGCUGUCGCCCGACUUCAGUCGUUCAGUCUCCAACAGUCGCUGCAAGUCGUUGGAUGACUCAGUUAAGGCUCUUCACCACCCAGGACACUUGGAUGAACACUUGGCUGAGACUGCAGACGAGUCGCCUGGUCGCCUGCCCGAGUCACUGACAGCAGACGACGACCUGAGCUCAGCUGCAGACGAGGCACACGAGUUCACAGACGACCAAGACGAAGAGGCCACGGGCUUGGAAGUGGAAGAUGUACAGAAUAAACACAGGAGGAAGGGACAGAGGAAACGGAACAGGAAGAACAGGACGGAGGGCGAUACACAAGACGAUGAUGAGGAUGACAAGGUGGAAGUUGUUCUCAACGACAGAAAAACAAAAGGACGGGGGCGGGGGAGGUCCAGCAGCAGGGGGCGCGGGGGCGGCGGUAACAUAAAAGUGGCCAAGGGCCGCUACUUCCUGAAGCUUCCGUUCCAUCCUGAGGUCUACGUCGCCAGAGACACGUGGCGUCUGCACACGGGACGUCAGUAUUACGUGCCAGUUACGAAGAAAAUGUUUGUCAAUCUUGGAUUCGUGCGCCAGGCGGUGCACGGCAGUCUCGGCGCUGAGCGCAGCCGCACGGUCCUGGUGGACGGCGCGUGGAAGAGGGCCUCAGGUUACUUCCUGGACCUGUACGAGAAGCUGGACCAAGAGCCCGUUACGUCCAUCGUGACGUCCAGCAAGCCCGUGUACGACGCACUGCUGGCCCAGCUCGACACGGGCAACGGGGCCUGAGUCGGAGUGAAGCCUUCGCAAGUUCCCAGUCUCAAAUUGCUACGAAAAACGGAUAAGCAGACAACGUAUAAGCAGAUAACGGAUACGCAGAUAACGGAUAAGGAGAUAACGGAUAAGGAGAUAACGGAUAAGGAGAUAACGGAUAAGGAGAUAACGGAUAAGGAGAUAACGGAUAAGGAGAUAACGGAUACGCAGAUAACGGAUAAGGAGAUAACGGAAAAUCAGAUAACGGAUAAGCAGAUAACGGAUAAGACAACGGAAAAGCUGAAGAAACUGGUGAAAUAUAAGGAACAUUGAAAGGCUUUGUCGAAAAUGCAAGUCACUGGAAUGCUAACGCCAGCGGCAAGUCGUAGCUGAGGGAAGAAAGAAAGGACAGAAGAAAUAAUUAACCAGUGAAUGGAGAAUUGUCAUGCAAGAUGCAGUAACGUAUCUGUCGUAAAUAAAUCAUACUAACCUGC